CACUCUGUCAGUGCCAGUACAAUUGAAGAAGACAGUCUUGUGAUGUGUAAAACAAAAUUUUCCCUUCCGUAAAUCGUGAACACUGGAGGCUCGUCCACGUGGAAGCACGACAUGCCCAGGACAUGGAGGAAAUGGCCAGAGUUACAGUGGUGUCAUUACCUCUGCAGGAAUGGUUUUUACGCCACAACAAUGGUCAAACGAUUUCCGGUACCGGAUGAUUUUGUUGGUUGGACACCUACGGCGAAAAUCGCCUAUGGUAGAAAGAUAGAGUGUAUAAACUGGCCUGAGUAUGCACCUGUAGAAUACACAUCUCCAACUGUUGAUGGAAAACCCUGGGCAGAUCCUGAUAUCUCGGAUCCCUCGUUCAAGCCCCAGUGGAAUUCACUGGACGGGCCUAUCGACCGUCAAUGCUACGGUCGAGGCAAAGGCGUCUUCUCCUACGUUAUAUCCGAUGAUGGACGACCGAUUAACCCCUUCGGACGCACAGGGAUCACUGGACGAGGAGUGCUAGGUCGUUGGGGUCCAAAUCACGCAGCAGAUCCCAUAAUUACCCGAUGGAAGCCUAAAUCCCUAACUUGGACGGAGCCCGAAGAGAAUUCACAGCCAAAGGACGACGACAUUCUCCAAUUCGUUGCCAUACAGAGGAGAGACACAAAGCAGUGGGCGCUACCAGGGGGAAUGGUGGACCCUGGAGAGCCAGUUGAGAACACACUGAAGCGAGAGUUCAUGGAGGAGGCCCUGAACUCCCUCGCGAGGGAAAGUCAAUCCACAGUGAUGACGAUCAAGCGUAAAAUUAAUGAAUUAUUCAAGAGAGGUGAUGUUGUGUAUAAAGGGUACAUCGAUGAUCCUAGGAACACUGAUAACGCCUGGAUCGAAACGACUGCUGUGAAUUUUCAUGAUAACGAUGGUACUGCCUUUAAUUCAAUCCACCUCAGUGCUGGGGAUGAUGCGUGUCAAGUUCAGUGGAUGGAUAUCAAUGAGAGCUUGGAACUUUAUGCUGAGCAUAGGAUGUUACUCACCUACGCGGAGAUGUUAAGGAAUGUCAAUUGGAAAUUUUAAGGGGGUGUUACGUAAAUCAAUCAUACACUGAGAGAAAAAUGACAAUGUUCUCAAACAAGUCUUACUUGUUGCCGAGAAAAUGG